GCGGGGCGGCUGGUGCUCUCACUUGCUUAGUCAUGGUGACUUACACCCCAUCUUCUUCUCCUCCUCCUUCUCCCGCCCUCCCCACCCGCAGCGGCGGCUGCCUGCACUAUGGAGGAACAGAGGAGGUGGGGCGCACAGCUGGACGGAGGUGGGGAAGGAGGCGGCGGCCGAAGCGGGCAUCGGGGGCAACCAUGGAGGGGUAUCAAGACUUUGCUGCAUGACAGGCCUCUGUAGGAAGGCCCUCAGCUUAGCUGCCUCUGCUGGUGCCCCUGUUCGUUUCCUGCAUUCCUUCGUGCAAUGACCACACGACUGCUUCUGUGAUGUAUGCUCCAGAGUGCAAGGCGGAGGUGACUCCUUCACACAAUGGCAGUCGCACCUUCAGCUACACCCUUGAGGAUCACACCAAACAAGCUUUUAACAUUAUGAAUCAGUUGCGCCUAAGUCAGCAACUUUGUGACGUCACCUUGCGGGUGAAAUAUAAGGACAUUCCCCCAGCCGACUUUCAGGCCCACAAGGUGGUGCUGGCCUCCUCCAGCCCAGUCUUCAAGGCCAUGUUCACCAUGGGCCUCCGGGAGCAGGGUAUGGAGAUAAUCCCCAUUGAGGGCAUCCACCCCAAAGUAAUGGAGCGCCUCAUUGAAUUUGCCUACACCGCCUCCAUUUCCGUGGGUGAGCAGUGUGUGCUGCAUGUUAUGAAUGGGGCCGUCAUGUACCAGAUAGACAGCGUAGUGAAGGCCUGCUGUGACUUUUUGGUGCAGCAGCUGGACCCCAGCAAUGCCAUUGGCAUCGCCAACUUCGCUGAACAGAUUGGCUGUACCGAACUGCACCAGCGGGCACGGGAAUAUAUCUACAUGCAUUUUGGAGAGGUGUCCAAGCAGGAGGAGUUCUUCAACCUUUCACAUUGCCAGCUGGUGACCCUGAUCAGCCGAGAUGAGCUGAACGUGCGCUGUGAGUCAGAAGUCUUCCAUGCUUGCAUUAACUGGGUGAAAUAUGACUGUGAGAACCGGCGCCUCUAUGUCCAGGCCUUGCUGAAAGCUGUGCGCUGCCAUUCCCUCACGCCACACUUUCUCCAAAUGCAGCUGCAGAAGUGUGAAAUCCUCAAGUCGGACUCCCGUUGCAAGGACUACUUGGCCAAGAUCUUCCAGGAUCUCACCCUGCACAAACCCACUAAUGACAUGCCCUGCCGUGCACCCAAGGUGGGUCAGCUGAUCUACACCGCAGGGGGCUACUUUCGCCACUCCCUGAGCUACCUGGAGGCUUACAAUCCUUCCGAUGGCUCCUGGAUCCGACUGGCUGACCUGCAGGUGCCUCGCAGCGGCUUGGCUGGCUGCGUAGUGAGCGGACUGUUCUAUGCAGUGGGGGGCAGGAACAACUCUCCCGAUGGCAACAUGGACUCGGAUGCCAUUGACUGCUAUAACCCCAUGACCAAUCGAUGGUCUCCCUGCGCCCCUAUGAGUGUGGCCCGUAACCGAAUUGGUGUGGGAGUAAUUGAUGGUAUGAUCUACGCGGUGGGCGGUUCAUUUGGGAGCACUCAUCACAACAGCGUGGAGAGGUACGAGCCGGAGCGUGAUGAAUGGCAGUCGGUAGCUCCUAUGCUGACGCGGCGGAUUGGGGUCGGCGUGGCUGUGCUGAACCGUCUCCUAUAUGCUGUGGGGGGCUAUGAUGGCACUAACCGCCACAACACCGCCGAAUGCUACUACCCAGAGCGUGAUGAAUGGGAGACAAUUGCGUCAAUGAAAACUAUUCGGAGUGGAGCAGGAGUUUGUGCUCUGAAUAACUGCAUAUAUGCCAUGGGAGGCUACGAUGGAACAAACCAAUUGAACAGUGUGGAGCGCUAUGAUGUGGAGCUGGGCACCUGGUCCUUUGUGGCACCCAUGAAGCACCGUCGGAGUGCCCUCGGGGUCACUGUAUAUCAAGGCAAGAUCUACGUGUUAGGUGGCUAUGAUGGACAAACAUUUCUGGACAGCGUUGAAUGUUACGAUUCCACUACAGAUACUUGGACUGAAGUAACUUGUAUGACAUCAGGCCGCAGUGGGGUAGGCGUUGCCAUUACCAUGGAGCCAUGCUGCAAACAAACUGAGCAGCAAAAAUGCCAUUGUUAAUGGUAACGUGGAAUGUGCUCCACUUCCCUUCAAAUGGAAGGGAGAAAAACAAAUGGGAGAAGAUUCAGUAUUAUAAAAUACCUGCUGCCAAGUUGUUUUCUGCCAGAAUAAAGGAAACGUGCCAAAAAGAUGAGAAAUGCUUUAAAUCCCAUUUGAACUGACCUUGAGGCAACAUUGAAGAACAGCUUUUGCUCUGUGCUUUACAAGGGUAGCAGCUACAGUAAGUCUGUUGCCUCUCCAUGCUGCUCCUGCCUCAGUUUGGGAUGGAUGCGUCAGUGAAGAAGGAAGCCCCUCUGGAACAACGACAGGAAAGCUCAAUUCACAGUGGCUGUCUCUUUUCUGGCCCCUGGCAGUGAAUGGACCUUCAGGAAAUGACCUCCAAAUCGGGAUGGGUGGAAGUAUUUUGUACAUAAUGCAGCCCUGAGCCCUCCUUAGAAAUGUGUAUUAUUCAUACAGUUUGGCGGCCAGUUCAAGGUUAAUUUUUUUGCUUGUCAAGUUUGUACAGGUGCAGGUGAGGAAACGGGAAAAGUUGUGAGGCACUCUUCUGUGGUUGCUGAUCUGCAGGUAGAGUGCAUUCAGAAAGUAUUCAGAGUCAGACCUUCUUCGCUUUUGUCAUGCUGCAGCCCAAUUCUACAAUGGUUGAAAUUCAUUUUUUUUCCUGAUUAAUCUACACUCAGUACUCCAUAAUGACCAAGUGAAAAGAAAAAAUUUAGAUGUUUGUAAAUUUAUUAAGAAUAAACUGAAAUAUCCCAUUGGCCUAAGUAUUCAGACACUUCAGUACUUUAUUGAAGCACCUUUGGCAGCAAUUACAGCCUCGUCUUUUUGGGUAUGAUACAAGCAGCUUUGCACACCUGGGUUGGGGGAUUUUCUGCCAUUCUUCCUUGCAUUUUUCCUUCCUUCAAGUUCAGUCAGGUUGGAUGGUGACCAUUAGUGGACAGCCAUUUUCAGGUCCCUCCAGAGAUGUUCAGUAGGGUUCAGGGCUCUGGCUGGGCCACUCUAGGACAUUCACAGAGUUAUCCUUAAGCCACUCCUGUGUUGUCUUGGCUGUUGUUUAGGAUGAUUAUCAUGUUGGAAAGUGAACCUUUGGCCCAGUCUGAGGUCCUGAGCACUGAAGAACAGGUUUUCAUUGUACUUUGCUCCAUUUGGCUUUCCCUCAACUCUGAUCAGUCCCUGCUGUUAAAAAACACCACCACAGCAUGAUACUGCCAUUACCAUGCUUCACUGUUGGGAUGGGCAGAUGAUGAGCGUUGCUUGGUUUCCUCCAGACAUAACAUUUAGAAUGGAGGCUAAGCAAUUCAAUUUUGAUUUCAUCAGACCAGAAAACCUUGUUCCACACAGUCUGACAGUCCUUCAGAUGCUUUUGUGCAAACUCCAGGUCGGUUUUCCUGUGUUUUCACUGAGGCUAGCCGCUCUGCCAUAAAGCCUAUAUCGGUGGGGGGUUUCUAGAACUUUGUCCCAUCUACACAUAGAAUCUCUGGAGCUCAGUCAGAGUGACCAUUGGAUUCUUGAUCACCUCUCUUAAUAAUGCUCCCCCAAUUGCUCAGUUUGACCUGGGGACCAGCUCUUGGAAGAGUCCUGGUUGCGCCAAAUUUCUUUGAUUUGAAAAUGGUGGAGACCACUGUGAUCUUAGGAACCUUCAGUGCAGCAGAAAUUUUAUUAUAGUCUUCCCCAGAUCUGUGCCUUGCUAUAAUCCUAUCUCUGAGCUCUGUAGGCAGUUCCUUUGUCCUUAGGGCUUUUGCUGUGCUACAGUAUGCAUCGUCAGCUGUGAAGCCUUCUAAGGAGAGGUGUGUGGCUUUCCAAGUCAUGUUCAAUUUGAUUUACCAGAGGUGGACUCCAGUCAAGCUGUGGGAACACGUCAGCAACCAUAAAGAGAAAUGGGAGGCACCGGAACUCAAUUUCAAGUGCUGUUGCUAAAGGUCUGAAUAUGAUAUAAAUAUGAGUAUAAAUGCAAAUGUGAUAUUUCAGGUUUUUUUCUUUUUAAUGAAUUUCAGACAUUUCUAAAACUCUGUUUUCACUGUCAUUAUGGAGUACUGAGUAUAGAUUAAUGAAAAAAAAUGAGUUUCAACUAUAUAAUCGGGCUGCAUCAUAACAAAAUUGACAAAAGUGAAAGGGGUCUGAAUGCUUUCUGAAUGCCCUGUAAGUGAACACUGAUCACUACAACUUGAAAACCUCAGGUGGACCUUUGCCUAUGCUGCUUUUCUAUUAUCCCACAAGGAAGGGCUUACACAGGUGGCUACCUACGUUUUUUCCCCUGACCUGUGGAUGGUACAUCCUCUUAGGAAACUGGUUUUGAAGUUCUACUCACAUGAAUAAAACACUUUUUGUGAUUAGUA